GCUUUACUCAGUUGGCUAUAGAGGACGUGCUGUUGCACCUGACGGUCCUCCGUGUCUCGGUGUCGCAGGAGCGGAAGGUCAGCAUCCCUUUAGGGAGUUAAAGCAUCGGUCCAUGUCCGCUGAUCAUCCGCCCAGAUCCAGGACCUUAAACCAGCUGACAUUCACUUUUAUCCACCCGGCGGCGGUACUUCUGGACUCCACUUCUCCCACUCAUGACGGCUGAAUAAACUGCUGGGAUCACCGACUGACUGCCUUGGGAAUAUCUGUGGCGGCAGAUCUACUGGUUUCACAUCGGAUACAAAUCGGAGAUGGGGAUCCCAGUUUAGUACUGUCAGGAAUGCCCCAGACUGUGUGCCCAGGCACCAUGUUCACCACUUCCAGUGGUUUCAGCCCCCACCUGGCCUGCGCUGAGCCUGGGGAAGAGGAGGAGGAGGGGGGGGCCCAUCAGGAGGUCCCGGGGCCAGCGGCUUGUCUGGCUGACGGGCCUCCUAUCACCUCUGCUUCCCUGGAGACCCUGAUCCAGAACCUGGUGCCCACUGCCGACUACUACCCAGAGAAAGCCUAUGUUUUUACCUUCUUGCUGAGCGCCCGUCUGUUCAUUCCUCCGUCUGAGCUGCUCUCCAGGGUAUGCGAGCUGUGCAUCAAGCAGCAGCAGCUGGAUCAGAGCCCGCUUGACACGGUUAAAGUGCGCAAGUUCGGUCCUAAGAUCCUGCAGCUGCUGACAGAAUGGACGGAAACAUUCCCAUCAGACUUCAGGGACGAGAAGAUGGUCGGACAUCUUAAAGACAUCAUCCACAGGAUAGCUCCAUGUGACGAGGCGUACUGGAAAACCCUGAACCAGAUGCUGCAGAAGCUGAGCCAGAGGUUGGCCCUGAUGAGCCAGGGUGAAGAGAGCAUCGUUAAGGUCUCCCUCAACGCUUCCUCCAUCUCCGACAAGCUUGUGGCUUUUAAAACCAAGCCCCCACCCAUACAGAAGGACAUUCUCUCCAUCUGCAAUGACCCCUACACGCUGGCACAGCAGCUCACCCACGUGGAGCUGGAGCAUUUAAGCCAUAUUGGACCGGAGGAGUUUGUCCAAGCUUUUGUUCAGAAAGAUCCGCUGGAUGGAACACAGCAGCCAUCUUUCAGCGAGCAGAAGAAGAAAACCUCCAACCUUGAAGCCUACGUCAGGUGGUUCAACAGGCUGUGUUACCUGGUAGCAACAGAGAUCUGCAUGCCAGCAAAGAAGAAGCAGCGAGCCACAAUAAUUGAGUUCUUCAUCGACGUGGCCAGAGAGUGUUUCAACAUUGGAAACUUCAACUCCCUGAUGGCCAUCAUCUCUGGAAUGAACAUGACUCCUGUAUCACGACUGAAGAAGACUUGGAGCAAAACCAAAACUGCCAAAUUCUUCAUUCUGGAGCAUCAGAUGGAUCCCACAGGAAACUUUUACAACUACAGGACUGCCCUGAGGGGCGCCGCCCAUCGCUCCCGGACUGCCAACAGUAACAGAGAAAGGAUUGUGAUCCCCUUCUUCAGCCUGCUGAUUAAAGACAUUUAUUUCCUGAACGAAGGCUGUGCUAACCGGCUGCCAAACGGCCACGUCAACUUUGAGAAAUUUGUGGAAUUAGCUCGACAAGUUGGAGAGUUCAUGACGUGGAAACAGGUGGAGUGUCCAUUUGAGGAGGACCGGGCCAUCCUGCACUACCUCCAUACCGCUCCCAUCUUCAGCGAGGAUGGACUCUACCUGGCCUCGUAUGAAAGUGAAAGUCCUGAGAACCAGGUGGAGAAGGACAGGUGGAAAGCACUCAGGUCAAACGUUCUGGCAAAGACAUGAAGCGGGGAGGGUAUCUCAGCCUCCCGCCACCAAACGAGGAGAUACGUUUGUCCUCUUUGCACUAAACUGGACUGUGAAGGAACCUGAAGCUGGUACUUUGGUGUUUUUACAAAAAAAAAUAGACUGCAUAAAGAUCAAAGAAGAAAAAUAACACGAUGAACAGGAUUCAUCGAAACGAGUGUGAAGAAAAAGUGAAACGUUCCGAAAAAAGAAAAAAAGUCAAAUGUUAAGCUAUGAACACUGGAACAAACCUUCUCAUUCGGAAUACGAGCGAAAAGCCUGGAGAGGAACACGGCUUCUCCUUCCUCCCUUUAUGUGUGUUUACUCUGUGGAGAAGUUUACUACUUUAGAGAGUACAAUUACAGGGAAAACCACUUUAUAAUACUUCCUACUAAUGCCAUCUUGUGUACUUUUCUCUGCUCUCUUUCCUUUCUCUUUUUCCUCCUUUUAUUCAAGCUUAAGUAUUACACUUUUAACUGUAAGGUACUGUAACAAAAAAUAAAGUGAUGUAAAGGGCGCUGGCUAGCCCUCUUUCACAAUUACAAAUCCCAGCUAAGGGGAAGAUAAAAAACGAAACAAAAACAAACAUCCUGGCUGUGCCUGUGUGAAGCUGUAUUUCAUGUAUAUGUCCAUUGCACUAGAAUGACUGGAAAACAUGUUUCAGCCUGUUUUUAUUUUUGUUUUAUUUAUUUUAUUUUAGGGAACAAACUCUUUUUAAAAGCGUUUACUCUUUUUAAAUGUAUUGUGCCAUUAAUAUCAGCAGAGAUCUACUGUAAUAAUGUAACUGCAGGAGUUAUAGAUAGUUUGGCCCUCAUCUUUCUGCUCCUCAGGAAGUUCUCUCCGACUGAUGUUCAGUUGUUUCAUAUAUUUAUUGGAGCUCUGUGCUGACAGAUGUAUAGUUUUUAUUGUCAUUUUUUCCCCCUUUACAGAAUAUGAAGUCCGACGGCAUGCUAAGUCAGGUUGUUUCCAAUGGGCAUUAGUGUAGAAAAGUACCUUAAGGUGCGGAUGCUCUGUUGUGUUAAAUAGAAGGACAGACCUUUGCCAUACGAGGCAUUGCUUAUCAUGACAGUUUCUUUGACUUAAAGCGUGUUGGUUUGUUUUUUUUAUUGUUGUUGCUUUUUUGUUGUUUUUUUACGGUUUUGUGAAAUUGAUAAUGAAUUAGGGAACUUUAGUGUGAGGAAAAGAGUGGAUGAAUUGUAUUUACUGGUUUGUUAUUGAUCGAUGGUGUUUUUUCCCAACGAGCACCUUCCCCAUUUCUACAACCAACUAGUUUAGGUCCUGCUAACUUAUUUUUCAUCCUAUUUCUAGCUUUUCCUGUAACGUUAUUCCCCCCCGCCCCAUUACGUUUAUAGUAAGACUAAGGGUGUGAUGUCAAACCUGCCAACUAUUGUCAUUUAAAUAAAUCAUUAACCUGUGCUGUUUUACGCGUAUUUUAAAUGACAAUCACCUGCAGUUCCUGCCAUCAGUUUUAAUCUUUAUAAGUGUUAUCAGACUGCCAGAUCCACCAGUUUUUAGUUUGUUGCAUAAAUACUGCAUAUGAGCGGGCGGAGUUGUCCUAAUUGGGGCAGGGACACCUUUGGCUUUGGCAUCAGUGCAGGAUUUGUGAUCUGUUUCAAAACAGAUUUUAAUAAAAAUAAACCAUGCCUACUCUUCCCUGUGCCGUGUGGUCUGAAUGAGAUAUAUUAAAUAUAUUGUUGGUCAAUCUCGUAGUCACAAAUUUAUUGUUUUUCU